AUGUUGAAAUUGCAACAACGAGUAUUUGGCUUAUCAUCACGGGCGGGGAAUCAUCGAAUGAUUUCAUCAUUGGCUUCAUUAGGAUAUUUUGGGAGAAGUAUGAAUAGUAGCAAUUCCAAUUUAUGCACUGUAAUUUCUCCCGAAUGGAAACAUCAAAGAUUGUAUUAUCAAACCUCUCAGUCCGAUAUGAAUGACUCUACAAACAAAACUACUGGUGGAUUAAUAACCACUCCUAUUUAUUAUGUCAAUGGACCUCCUCAUAUUGGACACUUCUUUACUUCAAUUCUUUCCGAUACUCUCUUUCUCUAUCACAAAAUAUUGAAAAAUAGGAAGGACAUGAUUUUCUCUACAGGUACCGAUGAACAUGGAAGUAAAGUUCAGAGAACGGCUAUUGCUGCCUAUUUAGAAAAUUUGAAAAAAUCAAGUCCUGCAGGUACACCUAUUCCAAGCACAUUGGAAGACUCAGCUUUAAUUGAGAAGGCUUGUGUCGAGUUUUGUGAACAAAUUUCAAAUCAUUUUCAAAAGCUGAUGAAUGAUUUUCAAAUCAAUCACACGUACUAUUUGAGGACAAGUGCAACUACAGAGCAUAGAGAGACAGUUAUCAAUGUUUGGAAACAUUUGCAAAACCAGGGCGAUAUUUAUAUUGGAGAAUAUCAAGGAUGGUAUUGCACAACAGAUGAGGCCUUUACAACAGAGACUGAACAAUACAAAAUUACGCAUGAAUCUGGUCAAGAAGAAUGGGUGACCAUUAACAGAUCAUCUGGAAAUCGUUGUGAAUAUGUGACCGAGAAAAAUUAUAAAUUCAGAUUAAGCAAAUAUAUUGAUCGAGUUGAGAAGUGGUUGCAAGAAAACCCAAAUGUUAUCAAACCAAAAGAACGAUAUAAUGAAUUGAUGGAAAUGAUCAAAAAAGAAAAGGAACGACCUCCAGAACUUCUCGAUUUGAGCAUUUCAAGAACACGGGACCGAGUACAGUGGGGAAUUCCUGUUCCAGGGGAUCCUGAACACACAAUUUAUGUUUGGCUUGAUGCUUUGACCAAUUACUUGACUGUUGGAUGUACCAUGGGAAAUGAAUCAUUGAAUUGGCCUCCAACAAUUCAAGUCAUUGGUAAGGACAUCCUGAAAUUCCAUGGAAUUUAUUGGCCUGCCUUUUUGAUGGCUCUCGGAAAGGAUCUACCUGAAACACUUCUCGUACAUUCGUAUUGGCUUGUGAAUGGCGUGAAAAUGUCCAAAUCAUUGAAAAAUGUCAUUUCUCCAUACGAUUUACUUGCCGAAACUGGUGUGCAACCUGAUUUAUUGAGAUAUUAUUUAUUAAGCGAAGCAUUGUUGAGUACGGACAGUAGCUUCAGCAUGAUCAGAUUCCCCAUGAAGGUCAACGAAUUGGCUGACAUUUUCGGUAAUUUAUUGGCUCGAACCUUUAACAAAAAAUUCCAUUCAGAAGUCAGAGAAAUUCCAUACAGAAAUUUGAGAUUUGAACACGUGGGUGAAGUGAAUCCAAACGAUAUUGUCACAGAGUUGAUUGAACAGUUGAAUGAUCUGAGAGAGCAAGUAAGAUCUGCAUACGAAGAUAAAUUAGAAGUGAGAUUUGCUAACGCUGCAGCAACAAAGCUUCUUAAAAGAUGUAAUCAAUUAUUUAAUGAGGUGAAACCUUGGGAACUAGUGAAAAAUCCUGAAAAGAAUGCGUUAUAUUUGGAAGAGCUAAUGUUUUUGGUUGGUGAAACUCUUAGAAAUUGUGCCAUUGCUCUCUAUCCAGUGUUACCUGAAAAGAUGACAUACAUUUUGUCAUUCUUCAAUCAGGGACAGCCUCUCUUGCAAGACAUUGGCUUUUGUCAAAAAGGAACAUCACUCAAAAUUCAAACAGAUCCUAAAAUUUUGUUUAAAAAGAUUGCCGAAGUCAAACAAGAAGGAUCCCAAGGAAAAGGAAAUGUCAAGCAAAAACACUAA